CAGUUUUUGGCAGGCGAUGACUUUUUGGCACAACACCGGGAUUUCUGACUGCACUGGAAGGCACCACAGGUCCAUCCUCUCUCCCCAUCAGCAGUCCGGUCAACAUUUCUCCUGGAACACUUCGGGGAACUUCACCGACUCUCUGCACUUUAACACACCGACAUGGAUGCCCUCAAGUCGGCUGGAAGAGCUAUUAUCCGGAGCCCAAGUAUGGCGAAACAGUCGUGGACUGCCAGCAAACACAGAAAGCUCCCAGAGAACUGGACAGACACGCGGGAAACCAUCUUAGAGGGCAUGACCUUUAACCUUCGACAUCUCGGCAUGACACUGGUGGACCAACCCAAAGGAGAGGAGCUGUCAGCAGCUGCUGUAAAGAGGAUUGUUGCCACGGCUAAAGCCAGUGGGAAGAAACCUCAGAAGGUCACUCUUAAGGUUUCUCCUCAGGGAAUUGUCCUACAUGACAGCUCAACAAAUAAACUUCUGGAAAACGUGUCCAUAUACAGGAUAUCCUACUGCACGGUGGAUAAACUGCACGAUAAAGUCUUUGCUUAUAUCGCACAAAACACCCUGAAUGGAACCCUGGAGUGCAACGCCUACCUCUGCUCAAAGAGGAAAGUGGCUCAGGCUGUGGCGUUAACAGUAGCCCAGGCCUUCACAGUAGCUUUCGAGCUGUGGCAGGUGGCCAAAGAAGAGAAAGGUAAGAGAGCGAAGUCUGGGUCCGCUGGAGAGGCUAGCAGCAGUUCUCAUUCAGAGAGAUCGAACAGCUUUGGGAGUUUGAAAGGGACAGAUGUGGCUACAGAUAUCUUGUUGGACUUGGAGAAGAGUGUGAAUGUGGCAGUGGAGACCAAUGGAAACAUUGGAGAGGAUCAGCUGGAUAACCACAGACAGACCUCCGAGUCCAACAACAAUCCUGCCUGGGAAAUAGAAGAUGGUUUGGAUGAAGCCUUCUCCAGACUGGCAGUGUCACGUACUAACCCCCAGGUCCUGGACAUUGGGGUGACACCCCAAGAUUGGCUCACUGAACCCGACUGGGAUGGCACCAAUGGAAACACUCCCAACACUGUCAGCCCAUUUGAGGAUGACUUCUUGGGCUUCUGACCACUGCUGCACUGCUGUGAGAGAGUCAACAACUAAGAGGGGGGGGGGGUGCUGUCUUCCUAUGAAUUAACCAGAUAUCAAUGUGUAUUUAAGAUGAGUUUACUGUACAUCUGCAAGGGAAUGAAGUGUUGUGAGCUCUGAGAUGAAGUUUGCCCUCUCCACCUUGUUGUACUCUUCACAUGAGCAGUUCUUCCUCUUUCUUUGUGGAAACGGCACAGGCCGCUGCCCCUGUGCACCAAAGCAAUAGCAGCCUUUAAUGUUACCCCAUCUCCUCCCAUAUUACACUGCACAGCGUUACUACUAACUUAUGUUCUUCUGUCAGCACUUGUUCUCCUUUGUUUACUUUGUUUUCCUGUUUCUCUAGGUUUUGGCAUCCUAAUCAGUGUUUUUUUUUUUUGUAUGUGUUUAGUUCUAAUUUAUAGUUGAAUAAUUAUUUUUUUAUGAAUGAAGUAAGUAUAAAUUCUGACUGAUAUACAGACAGUAACACCGGGCCUUAAUAACAGCAGGACAAUCAGCUAUUCUCUAAGUGAAAUCUGCUUUGGUUGCAAAGAAUUACAGUUGUUUAAUGUCUAUAAUCUUGUUGCACUUGUAUUUAUAUGAAAUCUCCUAGUGACUCAUUUACAACACUAUAAGCUUUGCUGUUUCAGUGCAGCAGUGUAACAGAGCUGAAUGAAGCCCAGGUAUGUUCAGUCUAUUGUGGCCAUUUCAUUUUGCUGGAAAUAUUCCAGUGUUGUAUAGAAAUAAAAUAUAAUCAUGAAUA